GAGUACCUCGCCCGGGCGCGGGCGGGGGGCUGGCACUUCUGGGCGGCGGCCACCCUCGAGGGCGUCACCGAGCUGCUCUCCUGGGCACGCUGCACACGACCGCCGCGAACAACCUGGUGCUCACGAGCCUGAACCCGCUGUGGUGCGCGCUGCUGAGCAUCGUGUGGUUCCAGGAGUGGCCGCGCUGGCACACCAGCGCCGCCCUGGCCGUGGGCCUGGGCUCCGUGGUGCUCAUCCUCGGGGGGUCGCGGGGCGAGACGCCGUCUGGGCGGGAGUCGGUCCUGGGGGACCUGAUCGGCCUGUGCACCGGCAUCAGCCUGGCGGCCUACCUGACAGUGUGCCGCCAUGCACAGAUGAGGCGCCCGCUGGCGACGCUCGUCCCCGCCGCGGUGCCAGCCUCGGUGAUCUCCGUCGCCCUGGCCGUCGCGCUGGCGCAGGGCCGCGUCGGCGAGGAGUGCUGGCCCGCGUCUGGUGCGGGCGGGCUGGUGUACAGCGCUCUGAACGGCACCCUGGUCUUGCCCGUGGCGUUGGCUUGCUUCGCCAUCGGCCCCAAGUACAUCCUCUCCUCCGAGGUGGGCCUGAUCAUGCUGCUCGAGGUCCUGCUCGGCCCCCUCUUCGUGUGGAUCGCGGUGCGGGAGGCGCCGUCGGUGUGGACGUUGGUUGGCGGCACGGUCCUGCUAGGGGCGUUGGCGGGCAACGAGCUGAUGUCGAUGCGCCACGAGGCGGCACCCGCCGCCGGGGCGAGCGGCACGGGAGCUUGUGCGGCAGACGCCGCCAAGCUUUCGCCCAGUGGGGAGUUGUGUGUCGCCUCAGUGCCUCGUGAGCCCACGGCCGACGCGGACACGGCCCUCAAGGCCGCCGCGGGGGUGCCGCGGGCGACUGCGGCUGGUGGGAACGGCCUCCCUGCGACAAGGUGGCUGAUGCGCCGCGGCUGUUGCGCGUGGUUGUGA